AUGAAACCUCCCUGGGGUCUAGACCCUGGUGUUGAAUCAGUCUGUAAACUUUUCCAGAGAGAGGAGCCACCAAAGCCGAGGAGAACAGACCGGAUCCUGCAGCGUCAGGACAGCUGGUCCAGCUUUUACACCGGCAAACAGGACGAGGACCAAAGCACAGAUUAUAUCAAACCUCAGGAUGGUUUCAGUGCUCUGCUGAGGCGUCAUGGCGGCUCGAGGAGAAACUCCCUGCUGCGCUGGUGCCAGAGUCGUACCCAGGGUUAUAAGAAUGUUGAGAUCACAAACUUCAGCAGCAGCUGGGAGGACGGCCUGGUGUUCUGCGCCGUUUACCACACAUACUUACCAACGCACAUCCAGUACGACACCCUCGACCCAGCACACAAGAAGGAGAAUCUGGACCUUGCUUUUAAGACAGGAGAGAGUUUGGGAAUCACAGCCACACUGAGCGUGGAGGAGAUGCUGAAGGCCGACGGGCCGGACUGGCAGAGGGUCCUCGGUUAUGUGGAAAGUAUUUUCCGGCACUUUGAGAUGUGAAGUUAAAUGUCUCUCUUCUUGCUCUUCCUCCUGGUCCUUUACCAUGAUUGUGACUGAAGAACUGAAACACUGUUCAUCACAAUCUGCUAUUAAGACUUAACGGUGUGAUUUUAUGUAUCAAAUAUAAUGUUCAUCACACAGUAACUUAACCUUGGGAGUAUUUUUAGUUUUUUUACUUAUCUAUUCAUAUCCAAAUAGCAGCAGGGUGAUGCAACAGACACUAAACCAUUUGUCAGAUUUUAAAGUGAGUACAGGAAUACAAACACCUCGACUAUCACUUUCACAUUGGGUGCACUGGUUUUGCACUGAUUGUAAAAACAAAAGAGCACUUUAUUAUUAAUGUUUACUUUUGUUUCACUUUUUUUAAUUUCUGAUUAUGGGGCACUUAAAGUUUUAUUUAUCUUGACUUUAUAGUUAUUUUUUUACCAUGAACGUCUCCCACCAUGUCUGCAUGCACCCUAGCCCAAGAAGUAGGAUGCAGACAUGAGAUUUUAAAUGUUGGAAUAGUUAUGUUUUAACCUUAAAAACUAAAAUGUUCAUCAAUGCGAAAGUUAACUUUGAGGAAAUGUAAAUAUGUAAAUGUGUGUAAGCGCUUCAGUAUUUUUAGAAACAUGGUAAACAUAUGAAGAUGAUGUUGCCAAAGCCUUAAUGUAAUAAUAAAGUUAUGUGUA